GAGAAGGCGGUGGGAGGUCGCGCGCCGCUGCUGCGCUCGCGGCCCGGGCAGCUGGGGCAGCUGGAGCAGCUGGGAGAGAGGCGGUACCGGAGCGCCGGCAGCAGGGAGCCUCCCUCGGAGUCAGAAACGUGAAGCGGAAUAAUUAGGUCUGAACCACUUCAAUAUGCGCUCCAGCAUGACAGGCGCCCAGGGCGACGCUUGCACACGCCUCUCGGUAGCGAUAGCCUGCCACAGGUCCGGCCUAUGAAGUAAAUCUAUCAAAACCCAGCGCUCGGUCUUACUUUGACAGCGGGAGGGGCGAAUCCUGGUUAGAAAGUCAACUGUGUGUCAGGUUGGAAGUCUGUCUUCACAGGGCGAGUGCUUGUUACUCAUCCGUGCGCACUUGCAGCGAUGCCGAACAAAGGCAAACACAACCGUCCGAAGAAGUCGAGAGGGCAGGCGGAGAAGAAGGCCCAGGCGGCGCCGGCGGGGUCAGCCAGAGAUGGAGCAGCUGCUGCAGCACAGGUCCAGUCCAAACCGGCAUCGGCCACCCCCGUAGCCCAGACUGCCAGCAUGAAGCCUGCAGAUCCCAAGAAAGCACCGCCGUCGCCCGCCAAAUCGGCCGCACCCGCCGCCGCGGCCAGCAAGGGCAAGCCGGAGGGCAAGCCGAAAGAGGCACCGCAGCAGGUCCCCAAGGAGCCGCCCAAGGUAGGCCUCCUCACCCCUGCGCCCUGCGCGUGACUCCAGCCCCGGCGCCCUCAUGCUGGGGGAGACGGGCUCUUGGCUCCGACCUGUCUGCUGAACCGCUUCACCGCUAAGCUCCGAAACGAUCCCCUGUGUCGUCUCUUUUUUGCACUUCGACCAGUUGAAGUUUCUUUCACAGAAUCAAGUACGUCUUUCAGAUCUUCAUCUUGGAAAAUUCUUCGCCAUUCAGUGAGAGUGUCUUUGGCUGGGUCAGGAGAUGUGGCGUGCUGAGGGCCAGUUCAGUAGCCGACCCGUUUCCCUGCAGUGCAGCUCCCUGCUCCGGGUGCCGUGUGGAGUGUCGUCCUUGUGACGGGCUCCUCCAGCCGCUCGGACACAACUGACAGGUGGAGGCCAUAGCUCUUGGGCAGGAAGCCAGUUGGAAGGGAGAAGUACUGGCAGUGAACCUGUUGGAGCUGCUUUCUCACAGCUCUCUCUGGUCUCAGAGGGGCGCAGAGCUCAGUCAGCCUCCUUGGUCAGGAACCCUGCGGCCAGC